AUGCUCGCCGCCGCCUUUGCGCAAGCGCGUACUCCCAGACUCUAUCUGCAAUGCCGCCAUAAGUCGACCCUCUCGGCCAUCAAUCGUACCCUCGACCAAUCCGUCCGGAGAGACCGUCGCAAAGCCCUCGAUGAUCUGAACAGACUCAAAGACGAUCGUGGGGAANAUUUCCCAUGGCAGGACCGCGACGAUCGCUCCAGGUCGAACGACUACAGCGACCGCCCAAGAUCGAAUGACUACAGACGCAAUAGAUCUACCGACUACGAGAACCAUGGGGACAGGCUCACGCCGAGAAGCAGAGACUAUGCCAGGAACUCCGACAACAAUGAUCAAGGCUUCAGACGAAGUCCCGCGAACCAUCUUCCUCAUGUACGCGUCGCUCCAGGGUCUGGUGAUGGAGAUGCGGCAUUUGUAAUUCGCAAGAGCAACAAGCGUCCUGGGGUUUAUCCUACCGAGAUGAACAAGAAUCAAAAAUACGACAUUCUAAACGUCCCGUUUACCGACAAACACCACUUCACUCGAGAGAACUGGAACAAUCUCAUGGCCGCUGUCAAGCUAGCCGAAGACAAGUAUAUCAGGGCUCUGCCAAUACGCCCUUCUGCAUUGCCCCAAUUCGACAAGAAUCAGCCUGGAGCUCAUCUAAAAGUCAAACAACAGUUGAAGAAAACUUUCAAGCAAGAUUUUGCUACUGUUGAACCAACUCUAGAACGGCAAAGGCAGGAAUGGCUACGCGUGAUACAGCACGUUGGCGAUGCUAUAAAGAAUGCAAAGUCAAACAACAUCUUCAUUCCCGGAAGGCGUUGGUUUGAAGAAAGCGAUCCUUCGAGUGCUGUCAAAGCCUCCACCUACCCUAUACAACCACCAGCUUCUCCGACACAAGGUGCCAAUUGGGAAAGGGACCUCGAACAAAUAUCUGUUCUGAACAAGGACAGGCGUUCAUCGCUCAUGCAAGCCCUUGUCUACAAGAAUGCCGCUGCCAUUAUCAGCGGUCAGGAACUUCGUCAUAUAGAUCUCACAACUUNNGGCCUGACAUUCCCAAAUCAGCUAACCAAGCCGAGGAGAGAGACGAAGUGGUUCAGAAGAGCUCUGCCAGGGAAGCAAAAGAAAGAAGACGAUUGGAAGAAGAAAGUCGACUCGAUGACGACCAGCUCUUUUCCCUUGUCAACAACAAUAGAGAAAAGAAUGAUGACAGAAAGAACAAGUACAAAGAGUUUCAAGAGCCUAGGGACAGAAGAGACAGAGACAGCCGAUCAUCACUACAAUCAUCUCGCGACGACGCGGNAUACCUAUGUCUCCAUUCCAUACACGACAGCUGCCUCGGAGUUCCUGUACGGCUUCAACGUCGUCGUUGCAGCUCUCACAGCUAAGCGCCGCCAGAUGUACAACCUCUACAUCCACGACCGCGCCAGGGCCGAUCCUGCAACUCACAGAACUAUCAAGAACCUGUGUAAAAAUGCCGGUGUGAAAUACACCGAUGUCGAUGACUCCUUCCUUCCCAAAAUGGACAAAAUGGCCCAAGGCCGCCCUCACAACGGCUUGAUCCUCGAAGCCUCGACCCUACCAACGCUACCCACGAAAUCUCUAGGCAAGAUGGGUGUCACGGACGUCGCCAUUCCCAUCGAUCUAGCCGACCAAAGCGCCGAAGAAAUAAAGGUCAACGGCAACCCCUCGAGCAUACCCUUCCACUACACUCACACAUGGCGCAAACCACUAGUCCUCCUCCUCGACGGCAUCUUAGACCCAGGAAAUCUCGGCAACAUUCUACGCACAGCACACUUUUACGCCGUCGACGCAGUCGCCAUCUGCACAAACACCUGCGCACCCGUCAACCUGCCCAUUGUCCAAAAAGCGGCUUCCGGCGCCGCAGAAGCAUUAACCAUCCUCUCCAUCCCCACACCCGCAAACUUCAUCACCACCUGCAAGAAACACGGUUGGGCCAUCCACGCCGCCGUGGCCCCCGACGCCACCUCUGCCAAAUCCGCAAAGGGCAAUUUGGUCACUUCAAACAUGAUCUCGCCUUUAUCGAGGAGUCCCAGUAUCCUUAUGAUCGGUGCCGAAGGCGAAGGUCUUCGUGCCAAUCUUGCUACCAAAGCGGAUGCUAAUGUAGGUAUCAGAGGUGCCAAGCCUGCUCGUCCUGAACUCGAUGUUGGAGUCGAUAGUUUGAAUGUUGGAUCUAGUGUUGCCGUGUUACUAGAGGCCUUUUUCAGAAAACCUGAUAAUCUUGAAGAUAUUCCCAAGGGAAUGGUCAGGGAAGGUAGUGUGGCCGGUAGAAUUGUAUAA